UGCUCCGGCUGCUGCAGGAGGCGGCGCUGGCUGGCGGCUGCGCUCGCUCCAGUCGGCGAGCGGAGGAGCGAGCGAGCGUGUGUGUGUUUUUUAAAGAUGGCCGGAGCGGCGGCGGCGGUGGCCGCGGGAGCAGCAACUGGAGCCGCCGCGGCAGCGGGGUCGAUGUCGGCUCCGGGUCGGGCCUCGGCGCCCCCUCCGCCUCCGCCCGUGUACUGUGUGUGCCGGCAGCCGUACGACGUGAACCGCUUCAUGAUCGAGUGCGAUGUCUGCAAGGACUGGUUCCACGGCAGCUGUGUUGGUGUAGAAGAACAUCAUGCUGUUGACAUUGACUUAUAUCACUGUCCCAACUGUGCACUUCUGCAUGGUUCUUCCUUGAUGAAAAAGAGGAGGAACUGGCACAGGCAUGACUACACAGAAGUGGAUGAUGGCUCCAAACCUGUGCAAGCCGGAACUAGGGCCUUUGUUAAAGAACUACGGUCUCGAGUCUUCCCAAGUGCCGAUGAAAUCAUUGUAAAGAUGCAUGGCAGUCAGCUGACACAAAGAUACCUGGAGAAACAUGGAUUUGAUGUUCCUAUUAUGGUCCCUAGAUUAGAGGACCUUGGACUCAGGCUCCCUUCACCUGAUUUUUCAGUGAUGGAUGUGGAACGUUAUGUAGGUGGUGACAAAGUAAUAGAUGUCAUUGAUGUGGCAAGGCAGGCAGACAGCAAAAUGACACUUCACAACUAUGUUCAAUACUUCAUGAAUCCUAACAGGCCAAAAGUGUUAAAUGUGAUCAGCCUUGAAUUUUCAGAUACAAAGAUGUCUGAAUUGGUGGAGGUCCCUGAUAUAGCCAGAAAACUUUCCUGGGUGGAAAAUUACUGGCCAGAUGAUUCAGUCUUCCCUAAGCCCUUUGUCCAGAAAUACUGCUUAAUGGGAGUUCAAGAUAGCUAUACAGAUUUCCACAUUGACUUUGGUGGGACUUCUGUCUGGUACCAUGUCCUCUGGGGUGAGAAGAUUUUUUAUUUGAUAAAGCCAACUAAUGAAAAUUUGGCACUCUACGAAUCGUGGAGCUCAUCUGUGACCCAGAGUGAGGUGUUCUUUGGAGAUAAAGUAGAUAAAUGCUACAGAUGUGUGGUAAAGCAGGGACAUACCUUAUUUGUUCCUACAGGGUGGAUUCAUGCUGUGCUCACUUCUCAGGACUGUAUGGCUUUUGGGGGUAACUUUCUACACAAUCUCAACAUUGGCAUGCAGCUCAGGUGUUAUGAGAUGGAGAAAAGACUAAAAACACCAGAUCUUUUCAAAUUCCCUUUCUUUGAAGCCAUAUGCUGGUUUGUAGCCAAAAGUUUGCUGGAAACCCUGAAAGAACUGAAAGAAGAUGGGUUCCAGCCUCAAACCUACUUAGUACAGGGAGUGAAAGCACUGCAUACUGCUUUAAAAGUAUGGAUGAAAAAAGAACUUGUAUCUGAACAUGCCUUUGAAAUUCCAGACAAUGUUAGACCUGGACAUCUUAUUAAGGAACUUUCUAAAGUAAUUCGAGCAAUAGAGGAAGAAAAUGGCAAACCAAUUAAAUCUCAGGGAAUUCCUACUGUGUGUCCAGUUUCACGGCCUUCAAAUGAAGCAUCUUUACCAUAUCAUUCCCGGCGAAAGAUGAGGAAACUUCGAGAUCAUCAUGUCAGAACUCCUUCUAACCUAGAUAUCCUUGAGCUCCAUACAAGGGAAGUCCUCAGAAGAUUAGAGAUGUGUCCGUGGGAGGAGGACAUACUGAAUGGAAAAUUCAACAAACAUCUCCAGCCAUCUUCUACAGUACCUGAAUGGAGAGCAAAAGAGAAUGAUCUACGAUUACUGCUUACAAAUGGAAGAAUAAUUAAAGAUGAGAGACAGCUGUUUGCAGAUCGGAGUCUUUAUACAGCAGAUAGUGAAAAUGAAGAAGACAAGAGACCAACAAAGAAGACAAACAUAAAGACAGAGAGCUCAGGAAGAGAGGGGGCAGAAAGUGAAGGAUCUCCAAAACCACUAAACAGAAUUUUUACAAGUGUGAAAUCAGAACUCAGGAAUAGAACAUCAGAAUAUUCUGAUGUUUCUGAUUCAGAAGACUCUGGACCUGAUUGCACUGCACUGAAAAUUAAUUUUGCCACUGAAGAUUCUGAAAGUUCAGGUGAUGAAAAGAAACAUGAAAUAACAUCAAACUUUAAGGAGGAAUCCAAUAUAGUGAGGAACCUCCUUCAAAAGGGCCAGAAGCCAUCUAGAAAUGAAAUUCCAUUUAAAAGGGAAUGUCCUACCUCGACGAGCACAGAGGAAGAAGCUAUUCAGGGCAUGCUGUCUAUGGCAGGGUUGCACUACUCCACGUGUUUACAGAGGCAGAUACAAAGCACAGACUGCAGCGGUGAGAAGAACUCUCUCCAGGAUCCCAGCAGCUGCCACAGCAAUAACCCUGAGCUUAGGCAGCUGUAUCGCUGUGAUAAACCGGUAGAAUUUGGAUACCAUGACAAGACUGCAGAUCAAGAUCUGAGGACUUCUUCCUGGACUAAACAGUUUGAUAGGACUUCCAGAUUUAAUCCUCAGGAUUUAAGUAGAAGCCAGAAAUACAUCAAAAAGGAAAUCUCUUCAGAAAUCAGUCAGAAGGCACAAAGCAGGCAUUGUGUGGACAGCAGUAACUCAAGCAUUCAAAAUGGAAAGUACAUGCUAAAUCCCAGCUUGGUUUCAGGGCCAUGCCAAAUAGCUAAUGGCAGUCUAAGUCCAGAAAGGCCUAUUGGUGAAACUUCUUUUUCAGUGCCCCUUCACCCCACCAAGAGACCUGCAUCAAACCCACCACCUAUCAGCAACCAGGCAACAAAAGGUAAACGUCCAAAAAAAGGAAUGGCAACAGCCAAACAACGUCUUGGGAAAAUCCUUAAAUUGAACAGAAAUGGCCAUGCACGUUUCUUUGUGUGACAAAGCUGCUCUUGCAGUCACUCUUCCUUCUGGAGGCCAGUCUUGGGAUGUGGAAGCCUGGCGUUUCCACCGUCCACCGUCCCCUGCCUGGAGCAGCUUGUGUGUACAGUAAGAAUACUGCCUGAAGAACAGAAUGGACCUGAUGCUGCAUCUUCACUGUGCCACACCCACUCAGCAAUAACCCUUUGGACCUGGUCGGGAGAGGAAGAAGGAGGGUAGAACCUUAAAAAGAGGCCUUGAACUGGAAAGGGGUCUCUUGUCAGGGCUUGAAUUUAAGUUUGUUGUUGGUAGUGUCUUGAUUUAUUUUCAGUAGUAGGAUAAAGAAUUAUCAAUAAUUUAUUUAACAGAUUUUUUUUUAAAAUUAACAGCUUUUAAAUUCUUUUUUAAAGCUAUUUAUUUGGAAGAUUUCUGGAGAAAUAUCUCACUAAUUUAGAUUUAAGAAUGUGAAGGUUUUUAAAUUAUUUUUGAUAGUGUGUGUGUUACGUGUGGGAAGAGCCACAGUAACAGUAGCUAGUCUGGACUCUUAAAUUUGAUAUUCAGGUUAAAGUCUUAAACAGGGAUUUGAUGCAUUAAUUAUUUUAAAUUAAGAUGUAUAUGAAAUCAUUUUAUUUUAUAUAUUUCAUGUGUUUUUUAUAAGCUAUUAGCUUCGCUUUUGCUAACAUCCAAGGUGCAUACUGUUAUCCAGGUUGAUUCCCUUACACCCCCCACCUUCCCACUGCACCCUCCCCCGCAACAUAUUGAGAUGACCCAAGACUCUUCUCUUUGCAGGGAAACACCUUCAUAGCCAAUGUUUAAGAACCACAUAAAAGAGUCCUCAUUUCUUGUUUCUUUUGACAUUGUGAUUUUCUUCUACAUGUAAAGAAACAGGCUUGUUUCAUUUUCAUUUCUCCUGAUGAUAUCUGGGUCCCAAAGAGAACAGCUUUAAUAUCUUUUUCCUAUGGGGAAAGUAUAAGUUUGGUUAAAACGUCAUGUUCGUAGUUUUUCCAAAAACCUUUAUAAUUACAGAGGGCCUUCUUCAUACUGCUGGUGUUGGAAGAGCCAACAUCUAACACAGGUUAUAUCUUCCCAUGCUUUUAUUAACUAGACAUAAUUUUUUAGAAAUACAAUUUGAUUUAGGAUGUUCAAAUCUGCAUAAAAGCCGUAAUACAAUAAGAUUAUACUAUAUUAAGUUGUAUAGAAGCAAGCAUGUUGGAAUGGGGUGUGUGUGUAUGUGUGUUUUACUUUUUAAUUUUCUGAAGAAUUAUUUCAAUACAGAUUUGGAGUAAAAUGGGUGCUUUUUGCAGUUUCUUCCAUCUGUCUUGGCUAGUAGCAUAUGGAGGUUUAAGUGUCUGGUUGAAUUUUAGUUAAAAUAAUCAUUUAUCUCUUUUAUGUACAACUUUUACUAAGUGCAAGUUUUCAGUUGCUUGUAAUAGUUUUUAGUCUCCCUAUUUUCCCUCAUGGUAUAAAGAUAAAUUAAUACUGGGGGUCUGAUAGUAUCAUAUUUUACAAAUUCCUAUAAAGACAAUAUAGGCAAAUAAUGUGAGAUUUAUUUUUAUGGAGAAGUAUGGCUGUAUAAUGGAUUUGUCUUUUUCACUCAGCAAGGUAGCUAGACGUUUCCUUCUGCACUAAGCAUUAAGUUGUAAGGAAAGAAUUAUGUACCAUUAUCUUUCAUAGUUGCAUUCAAAGCAUAUAUUUCCAAAGAGAAAUAUUUCUUACUCUGUCUUUUACAAUAUUUCAUGGGAUAAAGAAGUUAUGAGUUGAUCUUUUUGUUCCAGAUUGUCUGGACAAAAGUUUCGCUCUUAUUUUGGGUGUCAGGAAGAAAGAUUUUUAUGAAAUUGUUAGUAUCUGUAGGAGCCUCCCUAGCCCCUGCCUGCACUAUGCCAUAACUAGUAGAGAGGAGAAUGCAGUUUGGUUCUCAAGAUACCAAACUGUGGAUUGACUGGUCCCUCGCCUUCUCACAGUAUAUCACUAUAAUGUCUUUGUUUUCUGUUUUAUUGUUAGGGCACACAUUUUUUAUUUGGGGUAAGAAAUAAAAAGGAUGAUUUCUUUUUCCAGU